AUGAUCAAUCCCUGGCCAACGAAGCCAUUUUGGUGGGUCACAUGGCCCGCUCUACUUUCGGCGUCCCAAGAGGGAUGGCACGUCCUGCCUUAUCCUGGCUGCUAUGGGCCCCCGUUGGCGCUGUUCGGCUACUCAACGCGGUCGCGUCAAUCCAUGCAGCGACACAAAACGCUAAACUCCCAGAUCGUCGACCAUUACGUUGCAGUUGCCAGUGAGGGUUCGCGCGAAGAGGUGCGCGUGGCAUUUGCACAGGCACUGCGAGUGGCACAGACAACCAAGGGCAUUGUUAACUUGUCAACGGUCGCGGGUCGUGUAUCUGCCCUGACGCGCAAUUACGUGAUGCUACUCGACACCUUCUGGACGUCAACGUUUUGGCUCGCUGUACACCGUCACUUUGACCAGUCGCUAGCUGCGUUUGUGGCAGAGAGACAGGAAAUAUACGAGACUCCAACACUAUACCAGAAGCUGAAUAGCAUUACCCACAUUAUCGACUACUGGGGUGACGGGUUCUGGCACGACUUGGGCCGCCUGGGUGUUCGCCUGCCUCUGAAUCCGGGCAAGAACUUGAUUGAGCAGGUAUACAAGGCUGCCGUACAAAGCAGGUCAUUAGCCACCUUCGCCUGCAACAUUCGCUCGCGAUUUCUAGGUGGAAGCGGCACAUACUUUGUUGGGGGACUCGUCCGAGCCAAGAAAGGCGAAACAUUGAAGAAGCAGGUCAACGCCGGGACGUACGUGCUGGCAAGGCUGCCGCUUGCGGCCUACAUUGACGCUGUCGAUACCGGCGCAUGUUCAGAGCCAGACGCGAGCGAGGUGUUGGCGUGGCAGGCGACCUGGGAGGAGCGAGACGGUGAGAUUGGCACUGACAGGUCGGGGGACGACUCAGAUCCGGAGUCUGAAGGGGGAGGCGUGCAGGCUGAACAGAACGACAGCGCGAGCGAGAGCGAGAUAGGUGAGCAAGAAGCGCAUGUUGCGCCAGAGGCGCAAGACGAGCAAGACGACCUCACGAGGGAGAGAGGCGAGCAACAGGCGCAAGAUGCGCAAGAUGACAGCGAGAUAGAUGUCCAAGGGGCGCAAUUCAACCAAGACGACAGCGAGAUACAUGACCAAGAGGCGCAAUUCAACCAAGACGACAGCGAGACAGAUGACCAAGAGGCGCAAUUCAGCCAAGAAGACAGCGAGAUAGAUGAUCAAGAAUCCCAGAUUGGGCAAGAGGCGCAAGACGACCAAGACGACACGGGGGUAGACGAGCAAGACGGGCGAAAAAACGGGAAGAUGUCAUCAAAGCGACGGCGCAGCGCAUCACCCGAAAUCCGGCGAAAUCGCGUGCGAUCUUUGUCUCUGUCGGAUGACCACGACCACAUAACGCAUAGCUGGAUUGAAGACAGUACUCUUAGCAUGCUAGGGGAAAGACAGAAGCCUGUCGACCAUAGAUCGACGAGCACGCACACUCGGGCUAUGCAUGAGAUGGUGGACAGUCUUGGGCAAGGGCCAUGGGCCCUGGCCAUGAAUGCGGUACGAGAGGCUCUUGGAGCAGGAGACGAGGCGUCGCUCAGGUUAACGAGUGCGAAGACGCAGCUCCAACAGUCUCGCCGUAAUUGCUCAAUGGUCAGAAGGCUAGUGCAGGCUGACCUUGGAUUGACGGAGCCUGGUACGGCAGAGAUGAUUAGUGCACGCAUUCGGCCACUAGAACGACGGCAACAGCAACUCCAAGGGCUUUGUGAACUGCAGCAGCGAAUGCGUGAGAUACGCGAGUGUGCGGAUGCGGACACGCAGGAUAUGGACCGGCAUUUGCCUGUUGGAAGCUCAGAAGCCCUCAAAGCCGACAUGGACACAGUGGCACAAGAAGUUAACAGACUAAGGGUGUGCCUUGGCAAUAUGCAAAAGGUGGAACAAGCAGUGGCAGCGGCGGAAAUGGUGGUUGCGCAUGCGGAGCAAGCGGUCAAUCUGCACAUCAAGGACCAGGGGGAGUUUGCCAUGUUGGUGGAAAUGGUACAGCACGCAGAAGGACGAGAGCGGUUUGCAAGGCCUGGACGGGGCACGAGACAAGAGCGGUAA